AGCCAAAGAUGUCGGCUCGGUCAUGUGAUCAACUGUGCCCAAUCACAGCUGAUCGCAUGGGACAUGUACACUGAUCAUCAUGACACUGAUGAUCAGUGUGCCCUGAUGAUCUGUGUAGCCCCAGCAGUGCCACCUGUCAGUGUCCAUCAGUGCCAGCUCUCAGUGCUCAUCCAUGCCACCUGCCAGUGCCCAUCAGUGCCACAUCAAUGCCACAUUUCAGUGCCUACCAGUGCAAUCAAUGCCACAUAUCAGUGCCCAUCUGAGCUGCCUUUCAGUGUCACCCAUCAGUGCCACCUAUCAAUGCCAGUCAGUGCCACCUAUCAGUGUGCAUCAGUGCCGCCUAUCAGUGCCCGUCAGUGCUGCCUAUUAGUGCCACCUAACAGUGCCAGUCAGUGCCACAUAUUAGUGCCAGUCAGUGCUGCCUUUCAGUGCCGCCUAUCAGUG